GACAACUAGUGGAAUUAAUUGCAACUAUACUUUGUGUCGUGAAUCUUGAUUCAAGAUCACUGAAGUUUAACGAAAUGGUUUCGUUACAGGUUAGGAUGUUUUAUGUUUAUAUAAAUAUAAAUAUUUGAUUCUAAAUAUAUAAAUUUUAUGUUAAUUAAAUGAUUAUUUGAGAAUAUUUUUAUAUAUUUUGAUAAAUGGAGUGCAACGAAGAAGAUUGGUCGAUAGAAUGUUCAGACGAUGAGAAAUAUGAAAUGGAUGGAAAGAAUGAAUGGACUUUGAAACCUGAUGAUAUAUUAACAUUAAUUGAAGCUCUUGAAACUAAUAAUAGAGUUUCAGAACUCGAAUGGAAAUGUCCUGGUAGAAGAGGUCCAUCACCUAUUCCUUCAAACAAUAGGCAACAAGAUAAUGGCUCACAAGAAUACAAGGCGGAAGAAAAAUCAGAUUUUGAUUUUAUGGAUGAAAUGUCGUCACCAAGAUUACCAGUUCGUAGAACUGGAGAAAGUACUCCAAAGGGAAGUGCUAAGAAGAAGACUGCUAGCUUUAAUGGUGUAUUAUCUACUAUGUUGCGACAUCGUAGGUUAGAGCAACAGGAAAUCAAUUCAAGUCCAAAAAAGAUCGAAUCAUCUGUAUCAAAGACACAACCAAUCUAAAACUCUCGUUACAUCAAUU